GACAGUCGUCUGAGUUUCUAAUCGGCGGCGAAAAACGAAGAAUGAGCGAUCAAUUACAUGGAGCGAAAGGAAAAUUUUGCGACGAAUUCUCGCCGGCUUACUAUGGAGUCUGCACCAUUGGAGGGAUGCUCAGCGCUGGAACUACUCACGUUAUUACCACUCCUCUCGAUGUCCUCAAAGUCAACAUGCAGGUGAAUCCUGUUAAAUAUGAUAGCAUAUACACAUGCUUUUCAACUCUAUUAAGAGAACAAGGUCCAUCAGCCUUUUGGAGAGGUUGGGCUGGAAAGUUCUUUGGGUAUGGGAUUCAAGGUGCUUGCAGGUUUGGAAUGUACGAAUACUUUAAGAAGAUAUACGGCAAUGUGCUGGUAGAACAACCAAGGAGUUUAAUCUACUUUGUUAGUAGUGCUUCUGCAGAAGUGAUUGCCAAUGUGGCUCUAUGCCCGUUUGAGGCUAUUAAAGUUCGUGUCCAAACGCAGCCUUGGUUUGCCAAAGGCUUAGUUGAUGGAGUUCCUAAGUUAUAUGCAUCAGAAGGCUUACAUGGAUUUUAUCGAGGCCUAGUACCUCUAUGGGGUCGAAAUCUUCCAUUCUCGAUGGUUAUGUUUUCGACAUUUGAGCACUCAGUUAAUUGUAUAUAUCGUAAUAUUCUCCAAAAAAGAAAGGAGGAUUGUUCUAAAGCUCAGCAACUUGGUGUAUCGUGUUUAGCUGGCUAUGCUGCUGGUUCUGUAGGAAGCAUUAUUUCUAAUCCGGCUGACAACAUUGUUUCAGCUCUUUAUAACAGAAAAUCUGAAACCCUCAAGCUGGCGGUGAAGAGAAUAGGAUUUGUUAACUUAUUUACUAGAAGUUUACCAAUAAGAAUAAUGCUGGUCGGACCUGUAGUGACAAUGCAGUGGUUAUUCUUUGACACCAUAAAGGUGUUAAGUGGACUGCCAACUAGUGGAGGCAUUCCCAUAGAUAGAGCAGAAAAGGUUUCUACCUGAAAAGUAGCCAAUUUUUGUAUAACUAUGACGCCGAUUGAGGAACAGAUUGAGAACGCACUCUCAAAUGUUUGAAAUCCUUCCUUGAUUCUUUGGAUGGAUACAGGUGCUAAAAAGUUCAAUUAUUUUUUUAUUCUUUUGCCUGCGGUUUUUGUUUUUUUACCUGUAAGGCUGUAACAUGGGUUCUUUAGUUAUAAUCUUGUAUCGAGUUUGACAAAUAAGAAGAGAUAGUGUUUGUGUUUGGUAAACUGUAAUCAUUCAAAGAAAGUUUAAUUGAGCAGACUUUAUUGUGUUUCAAGCACAAUGUAGUUAUUUCAGCAGAGUGGAAGUUCUUCUUUGUUAUUGGUUUUGAUA